AUGACAGAGAAACAGGAUCUAUCAAUUAAAUUUUGUACUGUGUGCGCAUCUAACAACAACAGAUCUAUGGAAUCUCACAGAGUGCUUCAAGAGGCUGGGUAUAAUGUGAGUUCAUUUGGUACUGGUUCUGCAGUUAGACUACCUGGUUUAUCGAUUGAUAAACCAAAUGUGUACCCAUUUGGUACACCUUAUAAUGAUAUAUACAACGAUUUACUUUCGCAAUCUGCAGACCGUUACAAAUCAAAUGGGUUAUUACAAAUGUUAGAUCGUAAUAGAAAGAUUAAGAAAGCUCCAGAAAAAUGGCAAGAAAAUGGCCCACAGACGUUUGAUUUUGUAUUUACAUGUGAAGAACGUUGUUUCGAUUCAGUCUGUGAAGAUUUGAUGAAAAGAGGUGGGACUCAAAAUAAACUUGUACAUGUUAUAAAUGUUGAUAUUAAGGAUGAUAAUGAAAACGCGAAGAGUGGUUCAAAGGCCAUAUUACUAUUAGCUGAUAAAAUAACUUCAAAAGUUGAGGAAUGUCGUGUGCAAGAGAUACCAUUCGAGGAUACAAUUAUGGAUAUAUUAACCGAAUGGCAAGAAAAAUACCCCAACUUACCAAGUCUUUAUUCACCAGCUUACUAUUGA